AUGGCGCCCGCUUCAGCUUCCGCUCCCACUCGGAGCUUGUCCGAUGUGCUGCUAUCGAUUAAACCACAUCAUUUAGCCAAUGUUAUCAGCCGCGAAAAGAAUCAUGAAUAUCGCAAGUACCGUCUCAAAGAUGGUGUGUCGCGCCUCUGGCUUUACGAGACCUGCAGUGGUGGAGGAAGCUCUUCAAUAACUCAUAUCGCCAUAAUCUCAUCCUACACCCGCCAUGAACCAGGCUCCGUGCCUACUGAACCAGCUGGUAUUGGCAACGAAGUCUUCAACGCAGGACGCAAAGAGUCCAAGUACGGCUAUCCUAGCCUCGAGCUCUACGAACUUGUGAAUCCAGUCACUCUCAAUGAGAUGAAGACAUGA